AUGAAGACUAGCCGCAUGCUGGACGCCGACGACAUUGCUCGAGGGCAGCAGGUGCGUCUGAGACGAGAGCUUUGCUCUAAGGCCAUAGACUUCGUCGAGGGAGAGCUGGUUCCCUUCAACAACCUCAUCCUCAGCCUGGAAGGGAGGGUCGCGCUGCUCGAGCGCGAGAGAGACGCUGCCUACGACCUGCUCAAGAGGACGACGGAGACGAGCAACCAGGUCGACCUGUCCAGGGGAUACGACAACUUGCGCUUCACAGCUGGCCUUCACUUCUCCGAGCUCGUGGACGAUGAUCGCGCGGCGAACGUGCUGGCCGGCAUGUCGCUCUCGUUCUCGCACCUGCAAGACUCCCUGGAGGACUUCCUGGAGUGGAAGAGGAUCCUCUCAGAGUCUCACUCUCACUACAGGCAGUUUGACCAGCAGCAGGGCAACAGAUUUCGCUCCAUGCACAACCGUGCGCAUUCGCUCCUGAUACGCCUCUACCGCCAAGUGCAGGAGGAGAUGGAGAAGAAGGAGACGUGGGAGUUAUGCAGCUCGCAAGAGUUGUUCGGCUGCAAGCACUUGAAGAGGAUCAAAGUCUUCAAUCAGUGGAGAUCUUUCUACCUCAACCAGCUGAGGUUGGAGGCUUGCGAAGACACUAUCUACUCCAAGUCGUGUCCACUGGAAGAGGGACGUGAAGCAAUCAAAGGUACGGAAGUAAGAGCAGGAGCAGGAGCAGGAGCAGGAGCAGGAGCAGGAGCAGGAGCAGGAGCAGGAGCAGGAGCAGGAGCAGGAGCAGGAGCAGGAGCAGGAGGGUUUAGGACUAUGGAAGAAAGGAAGCUGGUUCGUGCAUUGAUCCUGUCGCAGAUCCUGAGGAACAGAGGUUGGAACACUAGCGAGGAUUUCCUGCUCCCUCGACGACUCGACGACUCGCAGUUAACGUGGAUGAACUCGAAGUCAGCAUGGAACCAUCCCCUCGCCUCAUCGGGCAUGACCAACGGCUUCUCUCUGUCAGCCUCCUCCCUCUCCGAGACUCAGGGAAGCUACAUGGUACACGACGACCGCGACCCUGGGAUGCAGACAGCGCAACCCUCCUUAGCGCACGACGAGACGACAACUACAGAGAGCAGCGAGAUCAUGAGCAACGUGAAGGAGUUCAUCAGGAAGGAGCUGCAUGGUCGUGUUGAGCCCUACGUACCCGGCAUGGUGCAGGAGGCGUUCCGUUCGGAACAAGAUCUGGAGCGAACGAUAGAGCACGAGAGAUCGUUUCAGCUGGGCAGUGAACGGGCAGACUCGAACCCCAUCACCAUGAGCUUGAAGCCUGAGCUCGGGCUCUAUUCCUUGGGGAUUGGCCAGGAGAUGAUAUCGAGCUCUUCUUCUCUUCCUCUUUCCGAGCAUGCCUGGCCUCCAAUCUCCAUAACAAAUGUCAUGGGAGUUGACAGGAAGGAUGCGAUCUUAUCAUGA